GGUGCGGACACAAGGUAGGGCGCCUAGGGUUCCUGUACACAGGCAGGCCUUGAGCACUAUGACUGCAGGACGCCUGGAGAACCCACGUCCAGAGGUUCUUUAAGGGAGGCCCCGCCCCCUCACCGCCUGGUCCGCCCUAUCCGCCGCCAUGAUCUGCCUGGUGCUGACCAUCUUCGCAAACCUCUUUCCCGCAGCCUACAGCGGCGUGAACGAGCGCACGUUCUUGGCGGUGAAGCCUGACGGCGUGCAGCGGCGGCUGGUGGGCGAGGUCGUGCGUCGCUUUGAGAGGAAGGGCUUCAAGCUGGUGGCACUGAAGCUAGUGCAGGCCUCUGAGGAGUUACUGCGGGAGCAUUAUGCCGAGCUGCGUGAGAGACCUUUUUACAGCCGACUAGUUAAAUACAUGCGCUCUGGUCCUGUGGUGGCCAUGUACCCCCCGCAGGUGUGGCAAGGGCUGGACGUCGUACGUGCUUCUCGGGCCCUCAUAGGGGCCACUGACCCAGGAGAUGCCAUGCCUGGCACGAUCCGUGGGGAUUUCUGCGUGGAAGUUGGCAAGAAUGUGAUUCAUGGCAGUGACUCGGUAGAAAGCGCUCACAGAGAGAUCGCUCUUUGGUUCCGAGAGGAUGAGCUUCUGUGCUGGGAGGACAGCGCUGGGCACUGGCUAUACGAGUAGAUUUACUGAAGCCAGCAUUACCAACCUGGAGGUCGUUGGUCUUCUGUGAUCUUCACAGAGCUCAGCAGCAGCGAUAGUGCUGUGUGGGUGCAGGUCCACCCAACCCAGUCUGUCUAGGGACUGCUACUCCCACACCCCUCCCUGUAUUUCUUUUCAUAAUAAACUGCAGUAAACCCUUGUGUGCUGGUGCAGUUUCAAGACAAAA